AUGCGUAUCGAUCAUAGUAUUGUUGGUGGUGUAUUUAAUGAAGGAUUUGAAUCAGUGUUUGAGACUUUUUACUGGUAUGAAUUGGCAUGUCAUGUGCCUUGGAUGAAAUCUACUCCAAAAUUGAGUAAAACGCAUGCUUUAGCUGUUGGAUGUGGGGUUGGUAUCGUUGUCGAUGCACUCAUAAAUCGCUGCAAAUUUGAUGAAGUUACUGUUAUAGACAAUAAUGCUGAUGUACUUAAUUUUGCCUCGAAAUACUUUGGUUUAAGCAAAAAUGCUUCGCUUAUUACUGCAGAUGAUCUAACGUUUAUUAUAGCACAAGACAGUAAUACAUUUGAAUUAAUUGUACAUGAUGUAUUUAGUGGUUCAUUUAUGCGUAAGAUUUAUAUUCAAGAGUUAAUAUCUAACUGUUUUAGAAUACUGUCUAAUAAUGGUACUUUAGUACUUAAUCUGGUUUCUACAGUUGAAAUGGAAGUUUUACACAAUAUUAUCCAAGAACUUCAAAGCGUUUUCAAACAAUUAAAAUGUUUUUGCGAAGGUGGUAUUAAUUCAGUUAACACUGGCGCACUUGUCAACUUUAUCUUCUUUGCUAGUAAAAGCGAGGAGCCACUACAAUUUAAUAUUUAUAAUAAUAAUGGUCAAAACAACUAUAAUCCAGCUGUUGAAAUUGCAUUUAGAAAUUUUAUAUCAAGUGAAAUUCAACUUACUAAGCUUAAAAACUAUGAAAGAACCAAUCAGCGUAAAACUGAAUGGUCAAUAGAAAAAGCUCACUUUAAAUCUAUGCGUCAAAUGUUACCUGCGAAUUUUUGGCUGCUAUACUAA